CUCUCCUAAGGAAAAAAAAAGAGAGAUGCCCGCAGCCCAGAAGUGUAUUAUCCACUUCCCCGGCGGGAAAGGGGUGUUGGACAAGCAGCGGCGGGAGCGGAGACGGUCGGAGGUUGCUCGCCGCCGACGCAAUGGGAAUCAAGGGUUUGACGAAGCUGCUGGCGGAGCACGCGCCGAGGGCCGCCGCGCAGCGGCGCGUGGAGGACUACCGGGGCCGCGUCAUCGCCAUCGACGCCAGCCUCAGCAUCUACCAGUUCCUGGUUGUGGUGGGAAGGAAAGGAACAGAAGUUCUGACCAAUGAGGCCGGUGAAGUCACAAGUCAUCUGCAAGGCAUGUUGAACCGGACUGUAAGAUUGCUUGAAGCAGGAAUAAAACCUGUGUUUGUGUUUGAUGGUGAGCCACCUGACCUGAAGAAAAAGGAGCUGGCCAAAAGGUCUUUGAAGAGGGAUGAUGCUUCGAAAGAUCUUCAUAGUGCUAUUGAGGUUGGAGAUGAAGAUUCAGUUGAAAAAUUUAGCAAAAGGACCGUGAAGAUCACAAAAGAACACAAUGAUGGCUGUAAGAGGCUGUUAAGAUUGAUGGGUGUCCCUGUAGUUGAGGCACCAGGUGAGGCAGAAGCACAGUGCGCAUCGCUUUGUAAGAACCAUAAGGCGUAUGCUGUCGCUUCAGAGGAUAUGGACACACUUACUUUUGGUGCUCCAAGGUUUCUUCGCCAUGUAACUGACCUUAGUUUUAAGAAAUCUCCUGUAACAGAGUUUGAAGUGCCAAAGGUUUUGGAGGAACUUGGACUCACAAUGGAUCAGUUCAUCGACUUAUGUAUCCUUAGUGGAUGUGACUACUGCGAGAAUAUUAAAGGUAUCGGGGGACAGAGAGCCUUGAAACUCAUACGUCAGCAUGGUUGCAUAGAAGAAGUUGUGCAAAAUCUUAACAAGAGGUACACUGUUCCAGAAGAUUGGCCUUACCAGGAAGUUCGGACCUUGUUUAAGCAACCUAAUGUUUGUACAGAAAUUCCAGAUUUCCAGUGGACCUCAGCAGACAAAGAGGGCCUUGUGAAUUUCCUGGCAUUUGAAAACAGUUUCAGUUCUGAUCGAGUGGAAAAGGCAGUAGAAAAGAUAAAGGCUGCUAGCGAUAGAUAUUCCCCAGCAGGGCGAGCGAAGCUUUUGACACCAGUAGCUAACCUAUCAGGAUCUACAGAGAAGGAAUCCAAGUGCGUUUUAGGUGCUUCAGGACAAGGUCUGAGGAGCAGGACUGCUGUACAAGUAUGCAGUAGCUCAAGCUCUGGUUUCAGAUAUGGUAGUUCUAGUUCAAAGCCAUUGGUGAUGGGCAGGCAAUCAGGAGUUCACGUGAAGCCUCCCACCUUUUCUUUCAUUUAAAUCUGGAGUUGCUUUGGUUCUCAAGAUUACCUAGCGAAGCUGUGACCAAGCUACAGCAAGAAUAGAUGGCCACUUGGAAUAUGUCAAGUGAAUGCUAUGGUUGUAAUUUAGGCUUGUCUUGUAAUCUAGAAAAUUAGCUUCAAUGUUUCAACUUAAUUCACAUCUAACGCUGCUUCCUGCUAGAGUGUCGCAUGGUGACCGGCAAGUAUUUGGUCACCUUUUGGCUAUAAUAUGGAAAAUUGUCAUCUCGCCAGUGUUUUUGCUGACAAAAUAUAAAUAUACCCCUUGCAUUAUCUCUAA